CUCUCUCUCUCUCUCUCUCUCUCUCUGCGCCGCCGAGCGCCGCCGCCGUCGCCGGAGAUGACGGCCGCGGCGGGGCUGGGGUACGCUCUGAUCGCGCUCGGCCCCGCGCUCGCCCUCUUCGUCGCCGCCAUCGCCCGGAAACCCUUCCUCAUCCUCACCCUCCUCUCCAGCAUGCUAUUUUGGCUCGUAAGUCUAAUAAUCCUUUCGGGAGUGUGGAGGGGGUUUCUUCCUGUGAGGUCUUCAUCAUGGUGGCCGUACGCGAUUCUGAUCAUAACCUCCGUUGGUUUCCAAGAAGGCAUCCGUCUCGUAUUCUGGAAGCUUUACAAGAAGAUGGAAGAUAUGUUGGAUGCUUUCGCUGAUAGAGUAUCUAAGCCCCGUCUUUUUCUGACUGAUAAGAUGCAAAUCGCCUUAGCUGGUGGUUUAGGUCAUGGUGUGGCUCAUGCCGUCUUUUUCUGCCUUAGUCUCUUAACUCCUGCAUUUGGUCCCGCAACAUUUUAUGUCGACCGGUGCUCGCGCGUACCAUUUUUCCUUAUUUCAGCCAUUAUCUCACUUGGAUUUGUAAUAAUCCAUACUUUUUCAAUGGUUAUUGCUUUUAAUGGUUAUGCUGAAGGGAAGAAAAAUGAUCAAGUAUUUGCUCCAAUCGUGCAUAUCAUUGCCGCUAUUAUGACGCUAGUUAAUCUCGCGCCUGGGGGAUGCGUAAUCGGCGUGCCUUUGCUCUGUUUCGCAGCUGCUGUGACCUUGCAAUACUGCUGGAAGAUGGUGUGGAGGAGACUGACCGAGCAGCACAACAUGCAAAUCCCCAAUAGCUAGCAAUCAUCCUGUUCUUCAAGAUUCCAAUGGCCGAAUCUUUGGAAUGUUAUCGGUCGAUGAAUUAACACUUCACACAAUUUAUCAACACUUCGCACAAUUUAUCGUUAUCACCAAUUUUAGAAACUAGAGGAAGAAGGCCCUCUUUGCAGAAUAUUUUCUUGUAGGUAAAAAAAAAAAAAAGAAUUAUUCUUUCUUUCUUUCUUUUGGUUUUGAACUACUAUGAUUGUGUGAUGGAAAAUUGCACAUUAUUGGAAUGUGAGAUCGACGAGCUUUUAUUUCUAAGACAAUGGUAAGUUAUAAUUGUGAUAAACACUUCAAUUUGAUUUUUUUUUUUUUUCUUUU